GAUACUCGUAAACAUGUUAUGACUGUUCAUUAGGUAACUAAUACCAAUACAUAAAACACCCAUUUUAAUUAUAAACCGACAGAAUAAUUAAAAAUACAUAAGCACAAGUUUCAGUCAUUUACUUCAGUAUCUCAUCUUGCUGCACUAUGCAUGCUAGAAACAUGUUUGCUACACUAAAAAAAUAUUUCUCUCCCGUUGUUAAUCAAAAUGAAGAACUAAGUUUUCUCCAGAUUUUUAAACCUAUCUACGUUUUACUUUCCACGCUCGGCUUAUUUCCUCAAACCAUACUAUUUCCUAACGAUGGACAAAACGCCAUUUUUACUCUCAAAAACAGCGUGUAUAAUUGGUGUCAUACCUUAUUAAUGAUCAUUUUCAUUCACAGCUUUUAUAUUUUUCAUUUACAAGAAUUGCACAUCUCUAGUCAAGACAACUCCAUAACGCAAGGCAGUAUGACUUUAACGAACUACAUUAUUGACCUAUCGCUGCAAGUAUUGUUCUGCACAGUCUCAUAUUUCCAUGUGAUUCGUGACAGAAAUCUGUAUAUCAGGAUGCUAAACGACAUGGCAGGCUGCUGGGACAGGUUAGCAAUGGGUGGAAGGAAACAGAUUCUUGGACAAUUACGUGUUCAGAUGUGUGCUGUACUGAGCCCUGUGAUUGUAAUUAUCCCUUUGCUAUCAGCUAUCACAUACAGGGGACAUCUUGGUAUAUGGAAGAAGAUAUUGUUUACCGUAACUUUUAUUUUACCAGAGCUAAUACAAUUUAUAAUGAUUUCAUUUUAUUUGGUAAUGAUUUUGAUGAUAGUAGCCCUUUUGAAAAACAUUGAAGAGGAGAUUAAAAUCUUAGAUCUGAGAAAUAACAUUUGCUAUAAUUCACUUGGAGCUAAAUCGGAAUUGGGCAUAUUCAAGAUAAAAAAUGUGUACGUGAAGACGCUAAAGAUCAAGCGGCAGGUGAACGCAGCGUUUCUGGCACCGAUCCUGGUGGCGUUGACAGUGUGCUUCCACGAGCUGAUAGGCUUACCCCAUAUGAUAUACCACGGUACGGUCUAUGUGCCGAACUUCUCUGUAAACAGCACUAUCGGGCUCAGUCUAUGGGUAUUCACGCAGCUGCUAAAAUUGUCUGCUUUCGCGUGUUCGGGAGCAUUGUUGAAAUCACAGGUAAAUAAAAUUGGCCGCACUAUAUAUAAUUUUCCGAUAAGAAGAGAUCAAGAUUUAAAGGCGUAUUUACUCGUACAACACUUUUCAUCACUGAUGUCUUAUCAAAAAGCAGAAAUUACUAUCUACGGCUACUUUACACUGGAUGGAACUCUCAUAUUUAAUAUGGUGGCUUCAGCAUUCAUGUAUUUAACCAUUUUGGUGCAGUUUGACCAGAUUUGACUUAUUCUCUUAGAUAGAUGAUCAGUUUAUCUCUUCUCUU